AUGACCACAUUAUUAGAAUAAAUUUGGUUAUCUAAUGUACGGUUUAGUAAUCAUCACAAUUGGUUAUUGCCGGUUCAGGCUAAAAUGGUUAAAACGUUGUCAACGACUAGAGUCAAAGGUAAAAGCUUCAAAGUAGAAGCAUUCUCCGUCUGCGUUUCCCGCGUACGAUUCAUCGUCUUCAACAAAUUCGAGAAUAAGCUUUGAUCUCACAAUCAUCUUCGAGACGGAGGUUUUACCUCACGAAGCUCUUGAGACUCUCUGUGUGUUGAACCUUCUUGAUCUCUUUCGUCAUCGUCUUUACCUGUAUUGAAAUUCCAUAAAGAGAUAGAUGGCUGAGAUCUGGAGCUUCAGCGACAAUGAGUAUCUCUUGUCAGUUUGCAAGGUAGAUGAUCGCGUUCGCUCAGUUCAUAUCCUAGAUGCAAGCAGACACUUGGGAAAGUCUAUAAUAGCCUGCAGAGAACAGUUGAGGAGACUCCAACGCACAGAUUGGACUGAAGAAGAAGACAAAGAGCUGUUGAAGCUCUGUGAUGACCACACUGAUCUAAUCUUCAUAGCAUGUCAGAUAGGAAGAACAGUAGACUCAUGUUCUGCCAGGCUGAACCAUCUGGUGAAAGGUUGGAAGACUAAAGAAGUCUACACCUUCUUUGGCGAGAUGAGAGUCAAGAUAGCAAUCAUAUGUCCUCCUCAAAACUCUGCUUUUCUCCACCAAGGGACAGUCCUCGAUCACAUCAGAGAAAGUACACAAGUUGGCAUUGGUUACAAUCAGUUUGGCCACCUUUACUAUCACAUCGUUAGGAUCUCAACUACCGAGCUUUUUAAAGAGACUCGCACUCAACGAGCCAUGGAACUUUUGCUACCCCACUGCAAGGUCGUGAAUAAAGGGGUCCAUUCAGUGAGUUUCCAUCUAAAGAAGUCAAGAGAUGCGAUUCUACGUGACCAAAAAUUCAAGGAUCUUAAACUGCAAGUAUCUGUAUCAGACUGGAACGAAGAUCUACACAUUCAGAUCUCUGGAGAGGAAGCUGCUUUCAACCAGACCUUUUGGUCUGUGUUUGCCAUGCUGAAGAGCUGGUUCUUCAGAGGUUUAGAAUCUCUCAUUGUCUCACCUGCUGGUAUCCUAGAGAACCCUCAAAAUGCCCACACAUCUGUGAAAAAGAAUGUGAAGAAAGCAGCAACUCCUAAAGAUAACUCUUCAGAACCAAUUGAAGAGUUUAACCUCUUUCUCCAAGCAGCAAUGGAUUACCAGCCUAAAUCUGAAACAGAACCUCCCAAAGGUUCACUCUCCAUCAACCUCCUAAAGCAUCAGAGAGUUGCAUUAGCGUGGAUGAUACAGAAAGAGAGGACAUGCUUUGGAGGGAUAUUAGCUGAUGACCAAGGUCUUGGUAAGACUGUAUCCAUUCUUGCUCUCAUGAUGACAGAAAGGAAGAAUGGUGUCUGUGAUCAAUCAAAAGGAAGAAGAGCAGCUGGAACUCUUAUCAUAUGUCCAAGUAGUCUGAUGAGGCAGUGGGCUGAAGAACUCCUCAACAAGAUCUCUCCUGAAGCCAAACUUUCUGUUCUGAUUUUCCAUGGGUCUAAUAGAUGUCAAGAUGCGGAGACGCUAUCAAAAUAUGAUGUUGUAAUAACAUCAUAUGGCACCAAUGUGAAAUCUGCUUGUGUGUUUGCUAGUCUUGCCUGGUAUAGAGUUGUGUUGGAUGAAGCGCAGAUCAUCAAGAAUCAUAAAAGUAACAUCGCCUCUGCAUGCUUUCAGCUUCACGCCAAGUGUAGAUGGUGCCUAUCUGGAACUCCCAUCCAGAAUUCUAUCGAUGACCUCUACAGCUUCUUUAGGUUCAUCAAGUGUCAACCCUAUUCUAGUUACUCAGUCUUCUGUGACAAAAUUAUGAAAGUGCUCUCGACGAACCCAACGGAAGGGUACGAGAUACUUCAGGCGUUGUUGAAAACAACACUCCUCAGAAGAACCAAAGGUACGAUAAUGGAUGGAGAACCAAUCCUCUCUUUACCUCCCAAGUCUACUGAGUUGAGAAAAGUGGAGUUGAGUAAAGAAGAAGUUGAUUUCUACAAGGCCUUAGAGAAGGAGACACGGGGAUUCUAUAAGGAAAAAGAAUCAGCUGGGAUGGUGAACAAAGAUUUUAAAGAAGUUUUGGCCAGGCUGAUGCGUCUUCGUCAAGCUUGCAAUCAUCCUCUUCUCGUAUCCUCCAGUCUCCCAAGUACAUCCUCCUCAGCUCAAAUUGCAAAGAAACUUCCAUUCGGUUCCUCCAAGCUGAAGGCUACACUAGAGAUACUAUCAGAGAGCUUGAUUCAGAAAGGAGUUAAGGCUCUGGUUUUUACACAGUGGACAAAGAUGCUAGACCUUCUUGAAGAUAGUCUCAAAGAAUCAUCCUUUCAGUACCGAAGAUUCGAUGGGAAAAUGUCCAUGGAAGCAAGACAUAAGUCUAUUGAAGAGUUUAAGAAUCUCCCGGAGGUUAAUGUGAUGAUCAUGUCUUUGAAGGCGGCUUGUGUCGGGUUAAACCUUGUGGCUGCUUCACUGGUACUUAUCAUGGACCCAUGGUGGAACCCGACCACUGAGGAUCAAGCGAUUGAUCGGGUUCAUCGUAUCGGUCAGACAAGACCCGUUAGAGUGGUGCGUCUCUUGGUAAGCAAUUCCGUAGAAGAUCGUUUGCUAAAGCUUCAGGAAAAGAAGAAAAAAAUGGUAGCAUGUGCCUUUGGAAAAUGUGACCAGAGAUUCUCUCUUGAGGACUGGGAGCAUCUCCUAGUAGUUGAUUAGGUAGCUACAGUCUCGUUGCUCUUCCAGAUAUGUCUUUUAGUUCAAACAUAUUCUUCCCCACUCACUAUCCAGCGAUCCAACAUUAUGCGUUCUGGAAGACUUGUCCUCUGCAUGUCCAAAACAUGUUGUUGCAUUCUGCUUCUCGCUCUAAUAGCCCCUUUCAAAUUUCCACCUAUAGCUUUAAAAGAAGAAAAGGCACAGAAACUGACAUCAAAGACAAUGUAUGUUCAAGACUGCUUUGUUUCAUGCAAUAAAGAAGAAAAAAAACGGUUAGAUGUGAUCAAGACAAUGUAUGUUCAUUCAGUUUCACUCACAGUCAACGUAUAUGUUCUUUA